AAACCGGUCUUAAUCUAAGCAUGUCAUACAGAGAGGACGUUGAGCAUGAGGGGCAAGAGGGGCUUGUAGAUGCCAGUGGGAAGCAAACACCCAGUCCACAUCAUGCAGAUGCUGCUGAGGAACCUGGGGAAGAAGGAGAAACAAAACCAAAGCAUAAACCCUUUGUGCCAGCUUUGGUGCCUCCUAAAAUUCCUGAUGGAGAGAAAGUUGAUUUUGAUGAUAUUCACCGCAAACGUAUGGAGAAAGACCUGACGGAGCUACAGACGCUCAUCGAGGCUCACUUUGAGAGCAGAAAGAAAGAAGAAGAGGAGCUAAUCAACCUCACGCAAAGGAUCGAGAACCGCAGGGCAGAACGAGCGGAGCAGCACCGGAUCCGGACAGAGCGCGAGAAAGAGCGACAAAACAAACUAGCCGAGGAAAAGGCACGAAAAGAGGAGGAAGAGGCUAAGAGGAAGGCCGAUGAUGAUGCUAAGAAGAAGAAGGUUCUCACGAGCUUCCAGUACAUGGGAUUCAUGCAGAGGACAGAUAAAAGGGGUGGGCCUAAGAAGCAAACAGAGAGGGAGAAGAAAAAAACGAUUCUUAGUGAACGCCGUAAGGAACUGAACGUCGAAAACCUGAGCGCUGAUAAACUCAGAGAAACUGCGAACGAACUCUGGAAGUGGAUGCGCCAACUUGAAGCCGAGAAGUUUGAGCUGCAAUACAGAUACAUGUGCCAGAAAUACGAGAUCACCGUGCUUAGGAAUCGUGUCAGCGACCAUCAGAAAAAGUAA